CCGAAAAUCGUAGCGUUGUGCAUCUCCCUAUUUAUCUCUGCCUAGGACAUGUCAGAAGAAGCUCUGAAGAAUUUGAAGAACUGUCAUGAAAUUAUGAUUAUUACGAAUUGAAGUGGAGAGAAGUUUAAGGUGUUUACGAAAAUCGUGUCCGCAUUUUUUUUUGGUAAUGUUUAUAAUUAAAAAGUGUUAUAAACAAUCACUGUCUGAGUAAUGCAGAUUACUGGAUAGUAACAACUCCGACGUAGAGAAGAAUUAGUUCGAUAAACGUGAAGUUAAUGUUAAAAAAGAACAUGAGUCGUUCUCUUUAUAUUUUUGCUUUUGGUACUUUACUUAGUGUCUCGUAUACCUCAGGCGUUGGUUCUGCCCCAGCAACAAAGUUCAUCAUCGAUGAAUUUAGAAAUGGCAUCUGUCCUUCUUCGUUGCGUUUGUACAACUCAAGCUAUAUGAGCAACUGUGCAAAGAUAGUGUACCCUUCUGAACUAUCACAUAUUUCUGAAAACAAUUCCAAUACAUUUCUGUGCUUAGGGCUUUAUGACAUAAGUUACAGAAUUUGUUAUUUUGAGAGCAGGAACCCCAAUUUUACUGUCUUACCCAAUGAUCAUGAUUUGGAUUUGCAAAUGAAGAAACUGGUUCAGUCGAGUAAUAAUCCUUCCCAAUUCUGUGAACAACAGGAAUCUUGGAAGUAUUCACCACUAUAUAAUAAAACACAGCAAGCAGUGUCUAUGUUGACUAUUGCAUUUAAGGAUAGUUUUCAGUGUGAGAGAAUAUGCUUUGAUUUUACCAAAAAAUUUAAUCUGUUAUGCGCCAUUUGGGUUUGGGCUACGCAAUUGCCAGAAAUAUCAACUUUCGAUCAACAGAACAGUAUGCUGUACAAUAAUUUAAAUCUUGCAUCAUCGAUUAAGAACAAAAGUAAUAAAAAUGAUCAGACGUCACAUGACAUGAGUUCGGCUGCAGUGAGCAGUUCUAUAUCAAAAUCAGAAGUCAUAAAAAAUGGGAAAAAUAAACAAAAUAAAAAACUACCCUCUGGUAAAGAAAAUGAUUCUGAGACUUUAGUUAAUGAUUACGAAUCGAAGAUUCCAUCAAAAGAUAAUGGUAGGGUACAAGCUUCUACAACCUCAUUAUCAGGUGCUGUACAAAAUCAUCAAGAUAGUGAGAUAGAAAUUAAAUCAUCAAAUGUGGAUAAAAUACAUGAAAACUCAAAUACAAAAUCUGAGUCUCCAAAAGAUAAUACUAACAAAAAAUUUGAGGGGCUGGAAAAAUCAGCUGGCUCUACUACCGAUGGAAAGAAUGUAUUUUCAUCACAGAAAAUGGAGUCUACUGGGGCUAGUAUCAAUCAAUCUGUUACUCUUUUGCAAAAUACAGAUGAUCCAAAGAAUUUUCAUUCAGAAGAUUUAAGUGAAGAUCAUGCUUAUGGUAUGUCAUGCACCACUGAAGAUGGUGUUGGUGUGGUGCAAGAUCCGAGCACUUCUGGUCCCAGUCUCCCUAAACCAUCUAAAAUAAAGGACACACUUUUCCUUAAUCCCAGCAUAAGAACCGAAGAUGAUUCUCAUUUUUUUACAUACUUUGUGGUGAUAACUUUUUUAUGUAUUGGUGGAUAUGUGGGUUAUCAUAACAAGCAAAAGAUUUUGGCUUUUGUCCUUGAAGGACGUCGAUCUCGCGGUAGCCGUGGAAGACGAAGACCAAACACUGCAAGUUAUCGAAAAUUGGAUUGUACACUGGAAGAAGCUGUUAACUCGCAAUGCAAUUCUAAUGUCACUCAUGUCAUAUAUUGAUGUGAUACAUUGAUGACCUGUAAAGCAUCAUCUAUCAGAGUUACUGUAUUAUAGUGCUGCAGAUUUAAAGCAUUUCAUAUUUAAAUGCAAUACUUUUUCACACAAUGAAGUUUCGAAUUCUUCAUUAAUUUCCUCGAGUCCGGAUGGCAAAAAUAAUUUGUUUUUUCGCACAAAAUUGUCUUAGCAGACAUCAUGCAUAAUAACUUCUUAUAUAAGCAGUUGUAUAUCAAUGCUUUUUGGCAGUAUCGGCAUUAUACACAAAUUAGAUUGUUCGCCUCCUUUCGGUAAACAAAAUUCCAUCGUGGAGCUGUGAUGAAAUACUUAUCGUUGAAUGUAUAUUUGUGAAUUAAAAAAUUACAUUGAUUUAAUUGUGCUUAGGGUCAUCAUUAUCUUGGUUUUUUACAGAACAUAGAUCGACGACUAUCUUUCAUUCUAUACUUCAAUCAGAUUACCAAACGACCUUGAUAUAACAUUAAUCAGGUCUCUCUAAUUUUGGCUGUAUGGCACAGAAGUAAUAUUAAGUUUCAUAUCGUAUAAUAAUGUGUAUAAAUGUUAACUGAUGCAACAGCAGCAUUGCGGUUAUACUGUAGCACGUAGUUCGUCGAUUAUCAAUAACACUUUAAGAGAAAGAUAAUGUGUGUAAAUUAUUUGAUAACUUUUAUGCUAAUAAAGUCUAAGUAAAAAUUUA